CAAUCUUUUUUUAUUUAUUUUUAUUUUCCCUUUUUGCUUCAUCCAAGCUAGAUUAGCGAGCACAACACUUCAUAAUUAUAUUAAUUUUAGGUUCCACAUAUUUUUAUAUACAUAGAUAUAUUUGUAUUGCGUUCUACUGAUGUCUGUCAUAUCGACUUUUUUAAGCCCAUUGCACUGCUUUUGUAAUGACGUUGUUGUGAACGAAACAUGACGAUUUGACGUAAUGUAACAUUGCUACACCAAACCAUUCAGAUUUUUAUCACUGUACGUUUGGCAUGAAACGAUAAAGUAAAAAGGAAGAGUUACAAUGAAAGGAUGCAGAGGGGGAGAGGAUGCAGUUAUCACUGAAGUUUUCCCUGCCUGCUGGUGAGCGCGCGAGGAGCAGAGCACGCGCCCACGCAACACUUUAACGCACUGCAAAGCUUUUUAAUGUGACGCAUCCUCAGACAAGAGACGAUUUUUUUACUUCCUCUUUAAUAUUAGUUGAAACGAAAACAUUUUUUAGGAAGAGCACGGACAUGGAAUAGACAUCACGCUUAUGUGGAGUAUAUUUUGAUGGCAUUUGUGCACGAGCGCUAAAUCCUGCUGACUGAAAGGGCAUCAAAGAAUAUACAGGAUCUAUGACCUUUGGUAAAUUCCAGAAGCGGAGACAGUGAUGUCCGCAACGCAAAACCACCUACAGAAAGAUUAAGGAACAUUACGGCGACCUGAAAAACUUUUUUCUAGCAUCAAUAUCAGUGUGAGAGCAGCAGAUUCUGUCACCUCUUACUCUGGAAAUGUUCUUUUUCUAUACUGUCACUUAUUGAUUCUGUUUUGAGUGUUACAUUUUUCUCAACUCUAUUGUGACAUGUUUUAGUUCAAGUGGACUUGUCAUGACUAGACACCUUUUAAAGGAUUCUCUUUUCUAUUACGUUCAUUAAGCCUUGAUCUACAUGUUUCUCAAAGGAGGAAUUUGAAAAAAGACAACAUCACUUAUCAGGUCUGAUUUUUUUUUUCUCUGUCACUUUAUUUUUAAUACUUUAUGCUUAAGCUUACACUUGUCUGGCCUGCUGUUCACUUUUAGGGGAUAUUUCAACAACUGCACAGUGUUUUUUUGUUUGUUUUGUCGAACAAACUGGACUUGGUCUCUGAGGAAGAUCUAAAAGCAUAACCUAGCUUUUUUAAGCUUUUGGAAAGGACAAAGUUCAUCAACAGGUCAUAAUUCAUCUCUCUCCAAAUCUCUUUUCAUUAUUUUUGUGCGCAUUAUCAGAUGUUCCCCUGUAAUUUACUCACUGAACUUCAAUGAAGAGGUUUUUACUAGUUUAAAAUGUCAGUUUCUUUUGGAGAACUGGGCUGUUGCUGUGAGACUGUAAAAUCAGUUGGGACCAGACUGGAGAUGGGACCUUGACUAUGAGAGAAUGACUAUUUGAAUAGUUUUAAUGUCUAACUUGAUUGGGAAUGGGACCUAUUCUUUGUAAAAUAGUUAAAAAUACUCAAUCUUGAAGAAAAAGUGGUCACAACUAAAGAGUUUUCAGAAAUGUUUGGAAUUUUUCAUAUUAAUUCCAUGUCUCUCUGUCUCUUUAAACAUCUGUCCAUUUAAAUAAGGAAAUGUGGAGAGGUCCUAAAAGGAAAGACUGGUCUGUAUAUGCAUGCUGUUACUUUGGUGUCUUUUAUUAUUAAUUGCUUAAAAAUGUUCUAGACUUUUUAAUGCACGAAAAAUAUUAGUUCUUUUCAACCUACCCUAUAUGUUCUAAAGAUUGAGACUGAGGCUUAUUUAUAUUUUUCCUUUCAUGUUAUGUAAGUUUGAAUUUCCUUGUGCAUCCUUGUACUCUUCCUUGUUUGUUUGUGCCUUUUAGUUCCUCGCUUUCUUAUUUAGUAGCUGUAUGUUAGAUCUAAUGCUCCAUUGUUUUCCUCUGUCUGGUCUCUGCCUGCCAUCUGACCUUGUCAGAACUGUUGCUAAUGCUGCGAAACUGGAUUCUUUUAUUUACUUGAUCUAGACACUUUGGAACUUUUUGAGUUCAGUGAAAUUCAAUUGGAAAUCCAGUUUAUUGGUGUGUCCUUUAAGCAAAGACUCUACUUGAAUCUUCACAAGAGGGACACUGAUGAUGUCAGAGAUGAUCUCAAAUGCAAUUGUGUUCCGUCUCUGGGCAGUUAUUGGCUGCCGGGAUUUGAAUGACAAUAAGGACUCAUCCAGGCCAUAAGCCUCAUUGUGGAAUACAAUCUACUUUUCAUAUUUUGGAUUAAUCUAUCUAUAUCAGUAUCAAACAAAAUUAAGGAUUUCCAUCUACACUGGAUUUAUCGUGAACACUUCAUUUUUCAGAUAUUUUUUCAGUCACUCUGUGGGGGUCUGUAAUGGGGGCCGCUCGAGUGAAGCGGCGCUUCAGUGCGGUUGUGGACACCCCUCUGGAUGAGGAAGAAGUCAUGAGGCUGGCACAAAGUGAUGAUGGCACUUCCUCCCAUUCGGGCACACUUCCAUCUCCCAACUGCAAUGGCAAAGUGCUCAGCAUUCUCCACAGCAAUGGAGGAAGGAGCGGAGAGAGAGAUGAGGAUGAGGAUGAUGAUGAUGCGGACAAGGAUGAUGAUGAUGAGGAGGAAGGGGGAGGAAGGAGGGGAGGGGGAGGACGUGGCUCGGCACUCAGUGGGGAGUCUGGGGUUGAAGGGAGGUGGGAAAGGAACAAAAGAGCAUCCUUACCUUCCCUUUCCCCCACACCGCUCCGUGAUCGCCGCCGCCAGUCCCGCCGGCCCCGAAGGCGCUUUGUAGGCAAGGACGGGCGCUGCAACGUCACCUUCGUCAACAUGAGCGAAAGGGGCCAGCGCUACCUAACUGACCUCUUCACCACCUGCGUUGACAUCCGCUGGCGCUGGAUGCUCGUGGUGUUCACCCUCUCCUUCUUGCUCACCUGGCUUCUCUUUGGUUUCACGUUCUGGCUCAUUGCUGCUGCUCAUGGGGAUUUGAAUCCCUUAGCAUCAUCUUCCUCUUCUCCCUCAUCUCUUUCAUCCUCUCUGGCUCCACUGGAUGCCACCGAAGGUUCCAGUCGAGUGGAAAUGGUAGCAGAGACAGAGGAACCCUGCUUUCAGCAGGUGAACAGCUUCAUGGCGGCGUUCCUCUUCUCUCUAGAGACACAGACAUCUAUAGGUUAUGGCUUCCGGAGUGUUACCGAGGCCUGCCCCCUGGCGGUGUUGGCUGUCGUUUUGCAGUGCAUUGUGGGCUGCAUCAUCGACGCUUUCAUCAUUGGGGCGGUAAUGGCUAAGAUCGCCAAGCCCAAGAAGCGCAAUGAGACACUGGUGUUCUCGGAUGUGGCUGUGGUGGCCGUGAGGGACGGGAAACUCUGCAUGAUGUGGCGAGUGGGAAACUUGCGUAAGAGCCACCUGGUGGAGGCUCAUGUUCGAGCACAGCUACUUAAGCCACGGGUGACCCCUGAGGGCGAGUUCCUGCCAUUGGACAACUCAGACCUCAAUGUCGGCUUUGACACGGGAACAGAUCGCAUCUUUUUGGUGUCACCUGUGACCAUUGUACAUGAAAUUAAUGAGGAGAGCCCCUUCUUUGAAAUGGACAAAGGUGCACUAGAGGGAGACAAAGAUUUGGAAGUGGUGGUAAUUCUGGAAGGUAUGGUGGAGGCCACUGCCAUGACCACUCAAUGUCGGUCCUCUUUCCUGGCUUCUGAGAUUCUCUGGGGUCACCGAUUUGAGCCUGUGCUCUUUGAAAGGAAGAACUGCUACCAGGUGGACUACUCAUACUUCAACAGGACUUAUGAGGUCACGGACACUCCCACCUGCAGCGCUAAGGAGUUAGCAGAGAAAAAGUACAUUGCACGCUCCCGUUCCUCCUUCUGCUACGAGAAUGAGGUGGCUCUGCAGCUCUCCUCCUCUGUCCCGCCCUGCGCUGACCAGUUCUCUCCAUCCCCCUGUUCGUCCCCCCCUCAGUCACCCACACCACCACCUCGACAAGACUCCUGCAGUGAACACCCACACAAACACUGAGCCAUGCGGCUAGGAUAAAAGGGCAGAGGGAAAAGAAAGAAAUGGAAAUAGAUAGAGAAAGAAAGGAAAGGGGUCAGGAUGGAGGCAGAAGGUGCAGCUGGGGGAAGGGAGAGAUAGAGUGAGAGAACCAGCGAGUGGACAAAGGGCUGGAAUGACUGACUUGGACGGGACUAAGUGAAAGAGGACCAUAAUGGGACAUUGUAGGACUGAUUAAUGACAAUGGGUCAUGCUUAAGAUGGGGUAAGAAAAGACAGAAUGCACAAAAGAUGGAGAAUAGAAAAGGGAAAGGGGUCCACCCGAAAGAAGAGAAUGGAAGAGCAAGAUAGUUAGACAGUGGGGUGAAUUCACUAAAUGGUUGCGACAGGUCAGUAUUUUUUACUCAUGCUUAGCUAGAUGUUAGUCUGUCCCUCGAGACUUACUUUGCUAGUCCAACUAAGCAAGGAAAUGACUAAAUCUAAGAUAAAAAUCUGAGUGGAUGAUCUAAACGUUACCAAUUUUUCGUGUAAACAACUUCUUUACACCCAUUUAAACGAACUGUCAAUGUAAGGGAAGUUACUCUGAAACUACUUAAAAUUUAAAGUAGCUAAACUAUCAUCAUACUAUGCUUCUAAAAA